UUGACAUCUCAUUUGUGAUUAUGACAUUUGAUUCGUGCAGCGCAUAUCGAUUGACGUUUAUCAGCGGCAUCUUAUUUGAAUGUCUACAUGUUAACCGCACAUUUUUUCGCUAAAAUGGAGUUCUGAACAUUAUUUUGAUGUUAGUUGAUACAAUUUAAGCGGUUUUUUCUAUAUCAAUUGUCAAGUGUUUGUUAGAUUCGGUGCUGUUGAGCAGCCACAGAAAAUUUAUGAAAAAGAUGAUAAACGAAGAGGAAACAUAUCAGUCCAGCGACGAAGAAAUACCGAUUCCAAAGAGUUUAAAAAUUAGUUUUGCUGCUGUCGUUCAUGCUGAAUUGAAUAGUGAAUCUAUUCGUCGUUCACCGCAAGCUUCACACGCCGAUGCGGAUCAAGAGACUAAGAAGAUGAUGGUCGAAAACAAGGAAGAUGUGGACGAAAUAUUUGCGAUUGUUAACGAUGUCAAAUGGCGAAUCGUGGCCCAAGAUGUGGAUCAUUACAGAAUCAAGGAACGAAAGUCAAGCACACCACACAUUUCUGAUACCGAAUCAGCUUGUGGUAAGGGCCAACCGUCAUCACCCUUGAAUUCACCGUCACGAUCAUGGGAAAAGACCAUACACGAUAGUCCAGUCGAAGCACCACUACCACAACGACCAAUAUACAUUUUUGCGAACAAGCGGCAGCUUCAACUUGAUAAAGAAGAACGCGAGCCAAAGAGGCCAACAUAUUCAAGAGAAAAGAUGACACGUCAAUCGCAAAAAAGACCACCGAACACACAAUCAUAUGCUGACAAUUCUUCCGAACGAAAAAGAUUCAAAAGAGCACAGUCAUAUGACAGUGACGAGGAAAACAAUCAAGAAGAAGAAAAAAUGGAAGACAGUUCAAAGCAAUUCCCAAACGAAAGAAUCAAGAACGAGCGAAGCCCACUGGCACCCUCAAAUACAUUGGAUGAUUUUGAUAGUAUUCUGUCAAGUGGAAGGUACGAAAAAGGACAACUUAUUUCGGGUGGAAAUUCGACACAAGAACUCUCAUCGUAUAGCAAUUUAAUAUUUCUCACCUCAUCAGAAGAUGAAAAUAGCUCAUAAUUUUGGCUCACAAUUAUUUUUGUUUCUAAAUAUUAAGAUAUUGAACCAUUUAUACAAAUACAAUCAGUUUAUGUCAUUUUUUCGAAAAUCGAGAAAAAUUGUCCAUUAACUACGAAAAUUGUCCAUUCACAUAAUGGAAUUCAUUUUCAAAAACAUAUUUUAUAAUAGAAUAGCCAUAGAAAAUAUGGUCAAAUUUUUCUAUUUAUUGUAUUUAAAUAAAAAAAAUCUCAUAUUGUCAAUAAUUAAAGUAACUUUGUCAAUACAAACCAUCUGUAUAGUGUUAUCAAAUAAAUGAUAAUCAUAUUGUAUUAAAAAAGAUUUUCAAAUGUGUUGUGAUUGUGAUGACCGUUUAAGAUUGUGACAUGAAAUAACAAUGACAGAGCCGAUAACGAACUAAACGAGAAUUGUUCCACCGACAAAAGAAUCCAACAAUA